AUGGAAAACUAAUUGCCAAUAAGAAAGAAAACAUAUCAUUCAGAGUCAUAACAAGAUGACAAGAACAAACCUAGAAUCUAUAAAAAUUAAACAGAUAAGCUUUUAACUAGCUUAUAAAAAAUUACCUUGCUGGAUAUUUUAGAUGAAUUUGCAAAAGAAUCAGAAAAUAAGAGCAUUACUGAAAUUUUGAAGGCCAUUCUUAAUAAUGUUGAGAAUAAAUAAAAGGAACCUGAGAUUAAGACAGAUUGGGAUGUAGGAAAGUAAGAUAAACCAAAUAAUAAUUAUAACUAAAAAUUUGAGUCAAAUAAUAAUUUUUAAAAUAAUAAAUUUAAAAAGAGGAAUACAGAAGGGGGUUGGAAUGACAAUCAAAGAACUGAUUACAGUAAUAAAGAAAAUGGAAGAGGAGGAGGUUUCGAUAGAAAUGGAGGUUAUGAUAGGAAUAAACCUUGGGAAAAUAAAGAUGGUAGAAAAUAAAACUUUUAAAGGGGAGAUAAUUGGAAAAGUAAUUAGGAAGGAUAAAAGAAUAGAGGUGGAGAUUGGAAUAAUAAAUAAGGAAAUGGAGAUUGGAAGUAAAGUGGAACUAAUAAUGAUUGGAAAGUUAGUGAAAUUAAUAAUGAUUUUAAGUCUAGUGGUAAUAAUAAUGAUUGGAAAACAAGCGGAAAUAAUAAUGAUUGGAAAAAAAGUGGAACUAAUGAUUGGAAAUCAAGUGGUAUCAAUAAUGAUUGGAAAUCAAGUGGUAUUAAUAAUGAAUGGAAGACUGAUACAACAACAGAAUAGGUUCAACCAGUUUCUUGGGGAUCACCUAAGUGA